AUGGUAAACAAAGAGGGUCCCAGUAUCACUGGUGCGUGUGGUGGCUCCCUUGGAAAAGGAACAGCUGUAAAAAAUGGCUCUGAUGCGGAUUUGGUUGUCUUUCUCAACCACUUCAAGUGUUUUGAUGACCAAAAGAAAAACCGGGCUGAAAUUUUGAGCAACAUUCGUGAACUGUUGUUGAAAUAUGAGAAAAACAUUGGACGUCAGAUCAAAAUGUCACAGCCCAGAAUAAUUCCUGCUUUGUCUUCUCCUCGCUCGCUGAACCUCCUGUUUAAAUCCACAGAAUCGUCUGAUUUUGUUGAGGUCGAUGUUCUCCCUGCAUUUGAUGCCUUAGGUCCACUGACAUCGACUGGCGUGAAGAAUCAGGUCUAUGAAGGUCUCAUUGCUACCGGAGAACGUGGGGGAGAAUUCUCGACAUGCUUCACCGAACUCCAGAGGGACUUUAUAAAGACACGACCCACUAAACUGAAAGGCCUUAUCCGACUUGUGAAGUAUUGGUAUACUGAGUAUGUCCGUCGCCCAUAUAAAUGCAAACUGAGACCCGGAGAGUAUUUACCACCAAAGUAUGCUCUCGAGCUGCUGAUCAUCUAUGCAUGGGAGAGCGCUGAGAAGGGAGUAAAUUUCAACACCGCGGAAGGAUUUCGCACCGUUCUGGAACUGAUUGUCCAGUACGAAGACCUUUGGAUAUUUUGGACCACAAACUACAACUUUGACUCUUACAGCAUUGGCAGAUUUCUGAAAAACAAACUUAAAGAACCUAAGCCUAUGAUCCUUGACCCCGCAGAUCCAACAGGUAACGUUGCUGUAGCGAGAUGGGAUCUGGUGGCAGAAGUGGCCGAGGAAUGUUUACAGCAGAACUGUGUGCAAAAUGUCGACUCCUGGGAUGUUGAGCCUGUGAAGAGUGUAUGGGUUUCAGUGGAUUGCUUGCCAUAUAAUUUGGCUGUCAACCCUUUCUACCCCAUUAAACAAAUUCAACGAGAAGUUGAGAAACACACUGGAAAAUCCAAUUGUUACCUGGAAUGGAAUGGCAACAUGCUGCAGGAUACACGCACGCUGUCUGAUUAUGGAAUUUUCCAUAAUGUUACUUUCUUGCUGAAGGAAGACCCCAGUUGGUGCACCGUGCUUUAA